AUGGAGAACCAUUUUCCAAACUGGGACUAUCAUACUAGUUCCAUCAUUGAAGGUCGUAUCUUCGUAAUGUGGAGAAGAUUGUUUGUUAAAACCAUUAUUUUAGAGGAAUCCUCUCAAGCAAUUCAUUGUCAGGUGAAGAUGUUGGGUUUGCAGCAGGAAUUUGGGGUCACAUUUGUUUAUGGUCUUAAUUCGAUUGAGGGCAAGGACAGAGUUGGAGGCAAGGCUGUUUCAGACUCAGAGUUACAUGACUCUUUAAAAUGGUUGGCAGGUGCUCAGAUUGAACCUCUUCGGGGUAUUGGCUCCUAUUACACGUGGUCUAAUAACCAAGAGGGUGCCACUAGGAUAUAUUCAAAAAUUGACCAUGUUUUGAGCAAUGAAAAAUGGCUAGAUUUGUUCUCUAAAUCUACAGCAAUUUAUAGAUGGGAAGGCAUAUCUGAUCACUGUUCUUGUCUGGUUUGUUUUCAAAAUUCUGAGCAGUUGGGAUCCAAACUUUUUCGCUAUUAUAACUACUGGGCAGAGCACAAGGAUUUCAAUGAGUUUGUGGUUAAUAGCUGGAGAGGCCCAAUUACAGCUUAUGGUAUGAAUGCCAUUUUUCUUAAGCUGCUGAGGCUUAAGCACUGUCUUAAAAGUUUUAAUAUGGACCGAAUAGGAGAUUUACAAGAAAAUUAUCAUAAGGCCAAGGAUGCUUAUCAAGAUGCUCAGCUGCAAGCUCAAGCUCACCCCCUUGAUUCAUACUAUCAAGAGGCUGAGAGGACUGCCGCAUGGGAGUAUUCUGUUCAGGAGAGUCCUAGUUCAGCUUCAGGCAGGGUUAAUUUGCAGCAUAUUGACUUAGGUCCGAAGCUUUCAGUUGAGCAGCAAGCUUCGCUUUUGAGACCUUUCUCUAAGAAGGAAAUUCGGGAGGCUUUAUUUAGUAUUCCUAAUACUAAAUCCUCAGGUCCUGAUGGGUAUGGUUCCGGCUUCUUUAAAGCUGUUUGGAGUAAGAUAGGAGAAGAGAUUUGCUCGACUAUCUCUUACUGUUUUGAAUCUGGCAAUUUUCCUUCUAAGCUUCAUGAAACAACCAUUUCUUUGAUUCCUAAGAUUGCUAAUCCUUCUUGGGCUGUCGACUAUAGGCCAAUAGCUUGCUGUUCCACACUGUAUAAAUGCAUGGCUAAGUUGAUUUGUAAAAGGUUGGCUGCUGUUAUUCCCGUUAUUGUUAAUUCCAAUCAAGGAGCUUUCAUUCAAGGUCGAUCUAUUGCUCACAAUAUCAUGAUCUGUCAAGAUCUUAUUAAAAAUUAUGGGAGAGUUUCUACUUCUUCGAGAUGCGCUAUUAAGAUAGAUUUGAGCAAAGCUUACGAUACCAUAGACUGGCUGUUUCUUGAAGGCUUGCUGAAAGCUUUAAAGUUCCCCAUGAAGUUUAUAGGCUGGGUUAUGUCUUGUGUUAGGAAUACCACCUAUUUUCUAGUGAUGAAUGGUCGAGUUCAAGGCAAGUUUAAGGGGGGGAAGGGGCUGAGACAAGGUGAUCCUAUGUCACCUCUUUUAUUUGUUCUCAUCAUGGAGUAUUUGACUAGAAGUCUUCAAUAUGCAGCACUUAAUUCCCUUUUUCGUUUUCAUCUGAUGUGCAAGAGUUUAAAGCUCAUUAAUUUGUGUUUUGCGGAUGACUUGCUAAUUUUUUGCAAGGGAACUCUCCCAGCUGUUAGAAGUGUUAAGAGGGUGCUUGAUGAUUUUUCCGUUGCUUCUGGUUUGAUCAUUAAUUAUGGUAAAUCUCAUAUUUUUUUCGGAGGAGUCUCUAUGGCGGAUAGAAAUAGAAUUUCUCAAGAUAUUAACCUUGCAGUGGGUUCAUUUCCCCUAAGAUAUCUAGAGGUUCCAAUGAGGCCUUCUAAAUGGAAACAUACAGACUGUGAGGUGUUCAUUCAGAAAUUUAGAUUGAAGAUUCAGAACUGGGCUAGUAGACACCUCUCCUUUGCUGGCCAGAUUCAACUUAUUAACUCUGUUCUUCUCGGGCUUCGUAACUAUUGGAUGUCUAUCUUUGUUUUGCCCCAAAGUGUAGUCAAGGAAGUUGAAAGACUUUGUAGAGGGUUCCUUUGGGGAUUUUCUCGGCAGAGGAGUAAAUUGCAUAUCCCUUCUUGGCAAAAAGUUUGCCUUCCAAAAGCUUAUGGUGGCUUGGGGUUUAGAGAUGGUUCCUUGUGGAACCGGUCUGUGCUGGCUAAGUAUGUUUGGGCCUUAUCUUUCAAGCAUAACUUAUUAUGGGUUAAAUGGAUUAACUCCAUUUAUCUGAAAGAUAAGAGCUUUUGGAACUAUGAUUUAAAGGGGGACUGUAGCUGGUAUUGGCGGAAAUUGUGUCAUCUGAAAAAGUACUUCAGUUAUGCUGCCAUUUCAGCUGCUGAUAUGAAGGGAAAGUUCCUGUCUUCGAAGUUGUAUAAUAGCCUCCUGACUCAGCAAAAGGAUGAGUAUUUUCGGACUGUUUGGAGCAGAUUAAUCCUUCCUAAACACAGGUUUAUGCUGUGGCAAGUGAUUAAUUCUCAGUUACUAACAAGGGAUAACCUUAACAGACUGCAUAUCCCUUUGAUCUCUCUGAUGUGUCCGCUUGGCCUUUGGAUUUUAAGGGCUGGCUGGUUUGGCUUACUAGAGAUAAGAGAGGACUUAGUCAUAUCUCGUCUAUUAACGUCCUUCCUCAUUGGUGGAGGUCUUCUGUAUGGUACAACCGUCUGUGUAGCAUUGAAAACAUCUGGACGUGGUUCCAACAAGAUGGAGUAA